AUGGAAAUCUCCCCCCGCGAUGCCUUUCGCAUCUCCGAAACGAUCGCCCCCGGGGCCUCCGUGAAGUUUAUUUUCAACACCCACGGCGGCGCCACGAUAAAUGUGAAGGUUUUGGACGACAAGAACCACGUCAUCCAGUUCUGGGAAGGUGCGGUGGAAGGGAGCCUUCGUCUCGACGCCGGGACCACCCCGCGGGGGUUUGCUGUCGUUUUCGACAACCAACACUCCCUUUUCUCCACCCGCCGCGUUAGUUUUUUUUUCCACGAGGACAUCAGCUCCCGAAAUCGCCUGGAUGUCUCUCAAUUGGAUCCGAUUGAGGGGGGGGUCGAGAUUAUGUCCGAGACGGUGGAUAAUAUGUUUAAAUAUCAGGUCAUGCUGCGCGAUCAACAAAAGCGACACCGCGCGACGAUCGAGGCCUCGAACCUGCGUAUCCUGCUCUGGGCUAUUUUUCAAAUCCUGACGCUUAUGGUGAUGUCGUUUUUGCAGAUCUACUUCCUGAAAAGGUUUCUUGAGCGAAAGACAUUCAUUUAA